CCGAGAUUUGCUCUUUCGGACGUUUUCGGCUCAUUCCGCUAUUUUCCGUCCCGCUUUCACUAGUUCUCAAGCAGUACUGCCCGCUGCGUGCUGUGCUGGAAAAUGGCAGUUCGGCAAUUUGAAAAGCUUCGUGCGGAAUGAAGAGGAAAAAGAAAUCAAUCCUGUACUCUGCUGAGGGACUAGAUGGGAGUUAAAAACCUGAGUCCGGCCGAGUGUUAGGAUCGCACAUUUAUUCGCACGCGCGAAAGAAAACCGUCAAAGCUUUUGCAACGACUUGCCACGGUCAUCACGUUAUACUGGGAGGAUCACAUCUUUCGAGGGAAUGUUGAGCAACCUGCUAUAAGACGACAUCAGCUGAUUUGGCGAAAUAAAUCUGUGAAGGACUUCAUUCUUUAUUUCUUUUCCGGUGGCUGAAUGAGCAUGCUGCAUUCCCUCUGUUCCAUCAUUUGGUUGAACCGCGGGUUCAAGCUGAGAAAAGUGGCCUGUUCGGCCAACACCGGCCAGGUCUAAGCCGUUGCUACCGCGCAUGCCUGUUUAUGAGCUCCGGUUAGAAGUGCUUAACUUUUAACUAAACGUCCCACGGUACGACAUCAAUCAUACCCUCGCAAAGUUUCAUCCCCAGUCCGACGUUCUUUUGCCUGGGGUGAUUGUCAUUCCAUACUCUGAAAAUGGCUGCCGAUGGCUUCCAGUACAGGUCUCUGUACUCCUACUGUAAAGACUGGGAGGAUGACAUUGACCUUGAGCCUGGUGAUAUCCUGACGGUCGACAAAGCAUCUCUGCUGUCACAGGGCUUUAAAGAGGGAGACAAGCAACACCCAGAAUGCCUCGGCUGGAUCUUGGGCUUUAACGAGAGAACUAAACAGAGGGGAAACUUUCCAGGGACAUAUGUGCAGUAUGUGGGACCUUUGAAAAUGUCAGUGCCGUCCUGCCAGCCUCGUUCUCAGAGAGCGCUUCCUGCUGUUCCCAGACCUGAGCCAACAGCCUCCUCGCAGGUUGCUCCAGUCCUGGACUUGACCAAACAGUUCACACACCCGGAAACAACUGCUCCUAAUCUUAUGAAGUUGGUCGAAGCAAUUGAGCGGACAGGUCUGGACUCCAGGACACUAUACAGGACAUCCACUGCUUCAGCCUCUGACAGACAGAGCCCUGCUGGUAAGUUUAAUCGCAGUUCUCAUCCUUUGCCACAUAGGUAUGCACUUCCUGUGCAGGAGAAGACAGUUGGCUGUCUUUUUGAUUUUGAUUGUUUUAAUGUUUUGUGUGUUAUUCUUAGUAGCUCUCUCCCUCCUAAACCGCCCAAAGCCAAAGCCAUGGCCUCAUCUGUGACCAAUGGAAACAACAACUUACUGAGUGAAGCUGAAUGGUACUGGGGCGACAUUUCAAGAGAGGAGGUGAAUGAGAAGUUGAGAGACACUCCUGAUGGUACGUUCCUGGUGCGGGACGCAUCAAGCAAAGUGCAGGGAGAGUAUACCUUGACCCUCAGGAAAGGAGGCAAUAACAAACUGAUCAAGAUUUUUCACCGCGGGGGGAAGUAUGGCUUCUCAGAGCCUCUUACUUUUCUCUCUGUGGUGGAGCUCAUCAACCACUACCAGCAUGAGUCGCUGGCCCAAUACAACGCCAAGCUGGACACUCGCCUGCUCUUCCCUGUGUCUAAAUAUCAGCAGGAUCAGGUGGUGAAAGAGGACAGUGUCGAGGCAGUAGGAGAGCAGCUGAAGGUUUAUCACGAGCAGUAUCAGGAGAAGAGUCGUGAAUAUGAUGUACUGUAUGAAGAAUACACACGCACAUCACAAAAGCUGCAGAUGAAACGAACAGCCAUAGAGGCCUUUAAUGAGACCAUAAAGAUCUUUGAGGAGCAGUGUGAAACCCAGGAGCGCCUCAGCAGAGAAAGCAUUGAGAAGUAUCGCCGAGAAGGCAACGACAAGGAGAUUGAGAGAAUUCAGAGCAACUCUGAGAAGCUGAAAUCCAGAGUGACAGAGAUACAUGACAGCAAGAGUAAGUUGGAACUGGACUUGAAGCGACAAGCCACAGACAAUCGAGAGAUAGACAAGAGGAUGAACAGCUUGAAACCAGACCUCAUACAGCUGAGGAAGAUAAGGGACCAAUAUCUUGUAUGGUUGACUCAGAAAGGCACCAAACAAAGGAAGAUCAACGAAUGGCUGGGUAUAAAGAACGAAUCAGAGGACUUGUAUUCUCUGUUGGAUGACGAUGACGAUCAAGCACAUCAUGACGAGUGUACCUGGUACUUUGGGGACAUCAAGCGCACACAGGCGGAGGAUCUCCUGAGAGGCAAACGAGAGGGCACCUUCCUCAUCAGAGAGAGCCAGACCCAGAAGGGCUCUUUCGCCUGCUCUGUAGUCAUGGAUGGAGAGAUCAAACAUUGUGUGGUUUACAAGACGGCCACAGGUUUUGGAUUUGCUGAGCCCUACAACCUUUACGGUUCCUUGAAAGACUUGGUCCUGCACUACAAACACACCUCUCUGGUCCAGCACAACGACUCACUGAAUGUAACCCUGGCCUACCCGGUCCUCACACAGCAGCCUAGAUGAGCACCGCCACACGAGACGGCCCAGGACACACAUAUAAAGCAUGAUUAAGCACAUUAUACAGAGCAAGCUAUACUAACACCAAACUUUUAUGUUUAUCGUAGAGAACAGAUAAGCACAGUAUAUUAUCGUAAGUAAACGUAUGGCUUUUUUUGUAAGCCCAUAGUUUUUUUCCGUAUCAGUCAAAGUCAGCUGCAGUAAUUACGGUAAAAUCACAGCUACUCUGUAAUUGUUGUCCCAACACAAGAGAGAGGAAAGUGAGGAGAGGAAAGUGUCAUAUUAUUCCAUGAAAGCUCGAACUAGUGUCGUAGUCCUGGAUAUUUUCGAUGAGGACACGGGCCAGGGACGAGAUGAUAUGAGGAAUUAACCGAAAGUUGCAGCUGUUGAUAAUCAAUCUUUUAGCUGUUAUGUCACUGUGUAAUUGUUUGGUAGUUCACUUCUGCCAACCAUAUGAAUAGAUUCCUCUUUAUGUGAGUUGUCCUAUAGAAGAUGUGAAACAAACCUUUUUUUUUAAUUAUUAUUAUAUCAGACAUGUUCGAGGGACACUGAAGUCCUUUUAGCUUCUAUUCUGCGACUUUAAAGCUAGUCGUCAUGGUCAGAAUAAAUAGCCAUCAACAAUUAUGUGCUUUUCUUUGAGAUAUUACACCACAGAGUUGGAAGUCUGGCAUCUUAAUGGUUUCUGUGGGCUGGUAUUGGUGCUUCCUGGUGCUUUAAUAUUUGACUCUUGUAACGUGAGAAUGAUGCAUAGCUAUAGAGAACUGUUGAGAUCCAGAGCAGAACAAAGGUGAUCCCAAAGCAACAACAUGCACAGGAGCUUCCACUCGCUUAGAAAGGUUAUUCAACCUGCACAAGCAAAAAUGGUACGGAAAACCCUCUUGUGAUUUAAAGGGGUCAUAUGACGUUGCUAAAAAGAACAUUAUUUUGUGUAUUUGGUGU